GAAGUAAAGAGAAGCAAUGGUUUUGGUAUGACGUGUAAUGAAUGGUAUAGUGUUACAAAACAUCAAAUAGUUGUAUUAAUUGUUCGGGAGGUAAAGUCAUAGCCGAAUCAUUAAAUGACAUUUAAAGUCGUACAAACUGUAUUUAUAAUUUUCUCUGUUCGCUCCACCAUAUCCUGUAUCAACAAAGGUGUGACUUAAAAUGUGUAUAUUUCUGAAAAUCUUUUGGAUAGUGAAUUUACUGUACAUAACAGGUUUGAGAUCCUGUAACAUAUCUCUCACAUCCAAUGGAAGUCUCUUUGAGCUAGGAACAACAAACGUAACCCUGUCGUGUCGAGUGUGCAGCAUUUCAUAUGGAAUCACAUUCUAUCACAACACCGAAUUUGUGGCAAGUUAUGGCCUACGUCUUGUAGUAAGUAAUACUACAUUGUACAGCGCAAAUGUACACACGAAUGACAAAGGGUCAGGCGAAAUGAACUUAAUUAUAUUAAAGUUCGGAACUUCAUUUUCUGGGAACUACACCUGUUCAAACGGCGGUUCAUAUCAUUCCUCAAUCGCUCUAUCUCACAAAGUUUCAGUUGGAAGUGUUAGCUUGACUCCGGCAUUGACAGUCAUUUCCGUAUUGCCCAACGUGGCUCUCAGCUACAUCCAAUGUGUAUCAUCAGAAGGCCGUCCAGCACCCAGUAUCACGUGGUACUUGGACAACAAAACUCCUUCAGACUACAGUGAUGAUGUGGACCUUACUGGAUAUAGCAGCAGUUCAACAGUGGCUGAUGUGACAACAAGUAUUCUUACAAUGACGCCUUCCACAAACUAUCAUGAUGCAAGGAUAUACUGUAAUGUCUCUAACGGAUAUGGACAAAUCAUGUCCAACAGGACUCUGAGAAUCAAUUUGUUGAGCUAUCCAACUAAGCCGUCAAUAAGGUUCAACACGGUAUUAGCACCAUCAAGUAUAUCUGUGAUAAAAAACAGUACUAUGACGCUAGAAUGUUCGUCGUCCGGCAAUCCGGAGCCGAGCUUUUCGUGGACCUUAUUUAACGGCUCUAUAAUAAGCAGCUCGGUCAUAACAUUUACAGUUGCAACUAAUAACAACAAAGAACAAAUAUUAUGCAGUGCCGCCAGUGUUUUGUAUCCAACAAAUCGACUAAGGAUAGCAACUGGACAUACAACAGUGUUAACUAUGAAUAUUUUAAAUGCUCCUGAGACGCCGCAAUUCACUUUUCAAACUUGUGCAACGUAUUCUCAAACGAAUCAUCUAAAGGUGAUCCCAGGCCAUUCCGUCUCUGGAAGUUGCACUUCGAAGAGUGAACCGAGCUCCACGUUUUUAUGGACACCGGCCAAUAGUGGAAUUGGUGAUGGUUUCUUUAUCAACAACGUCAGUAGAGAACACAGUGACACUUACACUUGCAUUGCCAAUAAUAAAAUGAACACAACAUUUAGUGGGAUUAUCAAUGGAACAAAUAAGUCUAGUUUUUAUCUAGACGUCUUAGCACCAGCAUAUGCUCUGUUCAUUGGUAACUAUUCGGUCUUAGUGAACACAACGCUAUCAGUCACUUGCCCCUUCAAGCCUGGAAACCCAGCGGAAACGAGAUUAUCGUGGUUCCGCGGAAAUACUUCAGCAAUUGGAUCUCAGCAAAAUCUUUCUCUGUCUAAUGUACAACUCUCAGGCGAAGGAUAUUAUAAAUGCAGAGUAAACAACACUAUGGACCCUACGGGAUGUGCUACUAAAGAGGCGUACGAGGAAACAAUAUUUUACAUGGAUGUGCAAUGUUCACCAAAAUCUUCACCAUUUGCUCCACCGAUAACCACGGUAUAUAGAAGAAGAAAUUCAUCAGCUAUUUUAUCGUUCACUAUUGUGGCCUAUCCUCCCCCAAAUGACGCUUCAGCAUAUGUUUGGAGUAAGCAAGUAGAUGGUGAAUGGGCAACACUGCACAAUUUUGACAGAUUUCAAACGAAUAUAUCAUACGACCGUCUUCAGACAAACCUUUUCAUAUCGCACUUACAAAUCGACGAUUUUACAAACUAUUCGGUUCGUGUAAACAAUCACUUCGUAUCUACAGAGCAAAUAUUUGUAAUUCGAGCAAAUGAGCAGCCCUCUAUGCCGCAACAACUUCUUGUCGUCGACGCCAUGGUGACUGAAUGUUCCGUCACAGUUCAAUGGACACCUGGAUUCAAUGGGGGUGAAGACCAAUGGUUCAUGAUCGGUUUCAAAAAGGCAGCAGAUGAAACCUUGACUUACAUAAACAUAUCUGCAACAGUUACCCAACUUAGCAUUGGUGAAUUAGUUGCGGGCACCAAGUAUGAAGUUAAAAUGCAUGCAGAGAAUGUUAUUGGAAAAUCUGAUGAAACCACUGUAUUAAGUGUGACAACAAAGUCUGUUAUUUCAUCAGGGACAUCGUACUCACAGCCAGAAAUGUAAUGAUUCUUACUUCAAAUUAGAAUAAUCAACCCCAUAAUUACACGGUACAAUUGUCAUGAGGUGCAAGCACAUAUUCAAAACAUAAUAUUUAUUUUAACGGUUACAAAUGUUGGAAUACUGCCAAUUGCUUAGGAAAAUCAUAUUGGACAUUACCAACAGGUUCACUCAAGGAUGGGCAAAAAGGUUACUAAACAUAUUACACUAUAUGAGCUUAGAC